GGCUUUUUGAUCCACGACUCCCAGCGAAACACAGAGCAGAGAGAGGAGCGUCUCAGGUGUCUCUGGUGAACAGCAGAACAGGGUUUUAAAACAGGUUGUUAGCGCACAGGUACCCGCGAGAAAUCACGUGAUCAAAUGCGGAAAUUGUCCCGAUAGAGAAAGUGCGGCGGAGAAAAAAAGACGGGCGUGUUGGUUUUGUGUUUUUGAGCUGCUUGUGGCUUUAGCUGGACUCCCUCAGUACCCAAAACAACUCUUCUUCUCCGGCGAGCAAACGACGGGCGAGGUUAUCUGUGUACGAACCACACCUGUCGUGCACAAAGUAAGGGUUGUUCUGAGGUCAGAUUGCUGACAUGACGAGGCUGUGACAGUGUGUGUCCAAGUGAGUCUGUGCUGGACCAAUCCCUGGGACAUGGCCGCUGCAAAGAAGAGUGGUGUGAAGACGGGAGGCGUGCGCUUCUCAGAGGAACCCCCCGCUGCUGGAGCCCCCUCGCAUGUUCACUUUGAGGAGAAGCUGCAUGACUCCGUUGUGAUGGUGACACCGGAGGAUGACGGCAACUUCAUGGUCAAGGUCGGUUUCUUAAAGACGCAGCACCGGUAUGAAAUAGUGUUCACCUUGCCUGAAGUCCCAGCUCUGGGGAAGGAUGUGUGUCCAGCACCGGUGCCCAGUCCACAUCUCCGGAUCACUGAUAUCACACCCGCACCAGAGGGAGGUCUGAAGGUGACGUGCGAGUACAUGGCCCAGCACGAGGGCGUUCUGUGCGAGGAGGUGCUGCUGCUGAGCGAGACCAACGAGGACGUCUGUGUUAAGGUCAAAGUUCACGCCAGAGUCAUGGACCGUCACCACGGUACGCCCAUGCUGCUGGAGGGAGUUCGCUGCAUCGGGGUGGAGCUGGAGUACGACUCUGAACAGAGCGACUGGCAGGGCUUCGAUUAAAAUCUCCUGUCCUCCUUCCACCCAAAUACACACACACACAUUUACACACACACACACAUACACAUACACACACAUACACCUGCCAUCAUAGAACCACAUCCCUUCAAAUUUACACUCUGACCAUUUCCCCAAAUAAGAAAGUGUAAAGAUAAAAAGACUUAGUGCCACGUAUUGUACGACAUUUCAAACAGUGAGUCAGUGUCCAGGUUUGGGAUUCGGUCAUUUUACUUCCUGAGAACGUUUACAAAACAAACAAAAAAAAAUCCCUCAUCAUCAGCAUCUGAAUGGAGAGUUUGUUGUUGUUUUUGUUUAUUGUCCUUCAAUAACGCCCUCCAGCUCUUCUUUUUUUUCACCUUCUUUCUUAGCCUGUGCUUUCCUCACUCGACCUCUAGAGGGCAGCAGCGCUCUUUGAAUCAGUGCAGCCUCAGAUCCUUUUUAAAGUCUCUCAGCCCCCCCCCCCCCCAUGUUAACUGUCCAAACUGUAUCCAAAAAGGAUGACUGAGUGGGAGAACACAAGGGCCCUUUUUUAAUUCUUGAAAUAGUUUGGAAUUGAGCCUGAAGGAUUCACAAUUCAAGAGAAAGUUGUUAAAUGUAUUUGUAAUGUCUUUGUUCAACCACAAGGGGGCUCUGCUGACCAGCGACAGUAACGCUCCUCCGGUCUAGAAGCUGUGUUUCUAUGUGGGCUCAUCCAUCAUUUUAAAGGAAGAGUCCAUCUUUACUAUUUCAACAUGUGAAGCUUCAUGCAGUUCAUGAGUUUUCUUUCCUUUAUUUAAAAACCUUUUUUUCUUUUUUACUUUCCUGAUUACUUCUCCUAACUUCUCUUUUCUGAGUUUCCCAGAGAAUCUCAGCGAUCAUGUGUGAAUUUAUUACAUUAGGAUUAUAACGAGGAAACUAGACACUAAUGGCUCAAAACAUGCAAAUAGAUGAUGUGAUACAUCGAUCUCAAAGUGUGAAUCACUCUUCGCUUUUAGCUUUGUAGAUUAAAAUCUUUAUUUGUGUGUUGAUGUGUUUUUCUUCAUCGAUAUAUCAUAGCCUAACUUUUUUUUUUUUUUUUUCUCUGUUGAUGCAACCAAACAGGAUGUUAGAGGCUCUUUGAAGGUGUGACUGACAUUUUUUUCAGAUUAUUGAAUCACAAUCUUGCUUCAAAGUGUUUGGGACGGGUUCGAUCCGUCUUGGUUGGUUUUAUUUUCUUUGUCUUUGUUCUGACUUCAUGAAGCCUUCAGAACAUAGAACUCAAGUGCCUUUCAUUGAACCUGUACUGUUUGUCAUUUCACUCGAGCCUGAUGUGUUUUUUUUUUUUUCUACUGUAGCUCCUGUCACACACGCUGACCCGACACUGCGCUCUUUAUUUUAAUUCAUGCUUUAAAAAAAAAAACAUUGUGCCAUGAUGUGGCUCCUUCCUGUCAUCACUCUGAUUUCACAUUUCAACACGUUCACUUUUUUUUUUUUUUUGUUUCUUUUGACAUCCUGUUGGAUCCAUCAGCCUUAAAGGAGACGACUCUGUGUGUGACUUUCUCUCGGUGUAGUGCAGAUUAAAUCGAUGUUUGCCUGCGUGUAAUAAAGGUCAAAGAAUGUUUGUUCCUUGUUAGUGUAAAACUGAAGCUUUCUGUAGGUGACAGAUUCAGAGUGUAGCUGUUUAUUUGUUGAUAUCUGCUCCCCGUGUGUGUGUGUGUGAUUUGUUUGUUUUAAUGUGAAAAGAUGAAUAAAAGUUUGUGUUUGA